AUUACCAAAGUGGCCUUGGAAUACAACAACUGUAAUAAAAGCCAGGCAGCUGAACCUGUUCUUCAGCACUUGAGAGAUGCAAAUUCACCAGAUUUUGAGUCCAUUGUUCCACAUGCGCGAACACAAGUUGCAGACACAUACUCGAUAACAAAGUACCCAUGCUGCAACACGGUGGUGCUCCCUCAGUGGCACUUGAUCUCUAGGACUCACAAUGUCUGUGAGCUUUGUGUCAACCAGACAGUUGGGGUCAAACCAAGUAAAGUCAAUGUACCACAGUGUAACUUUUUAGAGAUAGAAGCAGCUUUGGACUCUUUCUACCUCAAGGAACAUACCUUUUUCCAAUUUGUAUCAAAUACCAUAGAAUGCAGCAAUUUCCUAAGUUUCUAUAGUCCUUUUAGCUACUACACUGCAUGUUGCAGGACAGUAAAUAGGGGUCUGAUAAAUUUAAUUAGUUCUGAAAAGACCAUAUUUCAGACCCCUAAAGUAACAUUUUCUUCCAAUGGGAAGAAAGGUAAGGAUGAUACCCAUCAUUCUAUUCCUCACAUUGAGGAUAGGAAUUAUUUUACUUCUGAUCUUAGUGUUAAUGGCACUCACAUUACUGGCCUGAGAUGCAGGACCAACAAGACCUUGAAUUUCUAUCUACUGGAUUCAAAUUUGUUUUGGAUGUAUGCGGAGAGACUUGGAGCAUCAAGAUCUACUGAUAUGAAGGCAUUUGCUGCCAUUGUUGAUCUGAAGGAAGAGGCACACUAUACCUUGGAUCAGAAUCAAACACUUAUAAAAUCAGCUCUAGGUACGAUAUACAGCAAACUUGUAUUCAAAAUUUAAAUUAAGUGAGUAUAUUAAAUGAAGAUAGGAUGGA